AUGUCGGUGCUCUUCGAAACCUCCCUCGGCGACCUUGUUAUCGACCUCGAAGUCGAUGCUUGUCCAAAGACGUGCGAGAACUUCCUCAAGCUCUGUAAAGUGUACUACUACAACCUCAACGCUUUCUUCAAUGUCUCCAAGGACUUUCUCGCACAGGUCGGUGACCCCACAGCUACAGGCACCGGCGGCGAGUCCAUCUGGUCUUUGAUAGCCUCGCAGGAGCCCAGCAACGCGCGCGCCCCGCGGUAUUUCACGCCCGAGUUCGUCCCUCGUAUGAAGCAUCGCGCGCGGGGCACAGUUUCGAUGGCCGUCGCGCCCGCGGCGGGCGCGGACGCGCAGGGAGGGUGCGGGAGCCAGUUCUUCGUCACCCUCGGAGAAAACAUCGAGUAUCUGGACGGGAAGCACGCCGUGUUCGGGCACGUCGUCGAGGGGCUCGAGACGCUCGACAAGCUGAACGACGUGUUCGUCGACUCGGACGGGCGGCCGCUGAAGGAUGUGCGGAUACGGCACGUGGAGAUCCUUGAGGACCCGUUUGAAGACCCCCCGGGGCUGAUGGUGCCGAACGAGCCGCCGACGAAGCCGCCGGACAACUCCAUGCGGAUUGCGGAGGACGAGGACCCCCUGGCGACGCUGCCAGAGGAGGAGGCGGAGGCUCUCCGGCGCAAGAAGGCGGCCCAGGCGUCGGCGCUAACGCUCGAGAUGGUCGGGGACCUCCCGUUCGCGAACGUGCGGCCGCCGGAGAACGUGCUGUUCGUGUGCAAGCUGAACCCGGUCACGCGAGACGAGGACCUGGAGCUCAUCUUCUCGCGCUUCGGGCAGAUCAUGAGCUGCCAGGUCAUCCGGGACAAGAAGACGGGCGACUCGCUGCAGUACGCGUUCAUCGAGUUUGACAAGCGUGAGGAUGCGGAGCAGGCGUACUUCAAGAUGCAGAACGUGCUGGUCGACGACCGCCGGAUAUGGGUUGACUUCUCUCAAUCCGUUGCGCGCAUGAACACGAGUUGGUCUAACGACAUCAAAACGGGCCCAUCGGCGAGAGGUGGUCGCGGUCGCGGUCGCGGAGGCUUUGGCGGGCGCGACGACCUCGAGGCGACCCGGCGAUACAGAGACCAGCGCCACAACUCGGGCGGCGACUAUGGGAUGGUGUUUGACGUGCCCGACGGAAAGCGGGGGCAUCGGAGUCGUAGCCGCAGCCCGCGUCACAAGCCUCGGGAAAGGUCCGCAGAUCGCUCUGAACGAUACAGGGACGAUGGCAGGGACAGGGAGCGGACUAGGCGGAGGAGUCGUAGUCGGGAGUAUAGCUCUCGGGACCACCACGGUCGCAGGGCCUGA